AUGGAAAGCCAAAACAAUUUUGGUUUAGUUGACAGAGCCGACGAGGUUAGGAAUAAGGAAGCUAUUCAGGAGUAUCUGAACUUUCUUGAUGACUCGGCGGAUCAGAAAGUUUAUGUUCAGAAGGCUGAAGAACUCAUCCAAGAUGAAGAAGUUAGGCUCAUCGUGAAUAUGGACGAUUUGUAUAGAAAACUUCCUGAGCGAGCCCGAGGAUUGUUAAAAAACUUCGUUGAAGAAAUAUUAUGUUUGGAGCAAGCUGCUCGCGAAAUGAUCUCGAGGGCUAAUCCGGAUUACACCAAGAAACAUGAUAUUCAUGUUGGUUUUGAGGGAGGGUUCGGUGAUCGACACGUCAAUCCACGCUCAUUGAAGUCUAACUUUUUGGGAAACAUGGUUUGCUGCGAAGGAAUAGUUACCAAAUGCUCAUCGGUUCGUCCAAAAGUAGUUAGAAGUGUACAUUAUUGCCCAGCUACUAACAAAACAUUAGAAAGAAAGUAUAAUGAUUUGACUUCUUACGAAGGCUUACUUACAAGUAACGUGUAUCCCACAGAGGAUGAAAACAAAAACCCCUUAGAAACUGAAUUUGGAUUGAGCACUUACAAAGAUCAUCAAACUUACACCAUUCAAGAGUUACCUGAAUGUGCUCCUGCAGGACAGCUACCUCGCUCAGUUGAUAUCAUUGCUGACGAUGACUUGGCUGAUCGAGUGAAACCUGGCGAUCGCGUCAGGGUAAUCGGAUUGUAUAGAGUCCUACCUAAUAAACAGAAUGGAUACUCCAAUGGAUCUUUCCGAUCAAUCCUCAUUGCGAACAAUAUUCAGCUCUUAUCUAAAGAUGUUAAUCCAGACUUCGAUCCUGAAGAUAUUAAAAAUAUCAGAAAGUUGAGCAAGAAAAGAGAUGUCUUUGAACUUCUUGCCCGUUCUCUAGCACCAUCUAUUUGUGGCCACGAAGAAGUUAAGAAAGCUAUUCUCUGUUUAUUGCUCGGAGGUCAUGAAAAAAUUCUUGAUAACGGUUCCCGUCUGAGAGGAGAUGUGAACGUUUUACUCAUUGGUGAUCCCUCUGUUGCCAAGUCUCAACUCUUACGUUACGUUUUACAUUCUGCUCCUCGCGCUAUUGCCACCACUGGUCGCGGUUCUUCAGGAGUUGGUUUAACAGCUGCGGUUACCACUGAUGCGGAGUCUGGAGACAGACGUUUAGAAGCUGGUGCUAUGGUACUAGCUGAUCGCGGGAUAGUUUGCAUUGAUGAAUUUGAUAAGAUGUCUGAUAUUGACCGAACGGCUAUUCAUGAAGUCAUGGAGCAAGGGAGAGUGACAAUUGCCAAGGCAGGUAUUCAAGCUAAGUUGAACGCUCGUUGUUCUGUCUUAGCAGCUGCCAAUCCUGUAUAUGGACGGUAUGAUCCCUUCAAAACUCCAAUGGAAAACAUCAAUAUGCAAGACUCUCUCUUGUCGCGUUUCGAUUUGAUUUUUGUUCUACUUGAUGAGCAUGACGCGGAUCGGGACAAAACUGUAGCUGACCAUGUCUUGAGAUUGCAUAGUUACCGUACACCUGGUGAAGCUGAUGGUACUGUACUACCCAUGGGAGCUGGUGUAGAUACCAUGUCUACGCUCGAUUUGGAUGGUAAUCAUAAGGCUAGUGAAAUGUACGAGAAGAAUACUGAUUGGACGAGUUACAAGGAUAAAGUUCUCUCCAUGAACUUCGUGAAGAAGUAUAUUCAUCUAGCCCGGACAAUAAAGCCAAAAAUAACGGAGGAAGCUAUGAAUUUCAUUGGCGAAGUUUAUUCUGAGCUGAGAUCGUUCGAUAUUACAAAAACUGACAGAGAACGAACCAUGCCAGUUACUGCUCGUCAGUUAGAAACUCUUAUUCGUUUGUCGACAUCGAUUGCGAAGGCACGCUUCUCGAAGAACGUUGACAAAACUGAUGCUGAGAUGGCUUAUCAACUGCUUCAUUAUGCUUGUUUCAAGGAGAAACCAAAAGCAAGAGUCGAAUAUGAGAAUGCAAGGAAAACUAAAUCUUCUCGACAUGACGAAGAUGACGAGGAUGAGGAAAUGGACGAUGAUAGCCAGGACACAGCAACUCAGUCUCAGGCCGAAUCAGAAUCUUCCCGAUCAACACAGCCAAGAACUCCUGGUCGAGGAACCCGUAGAAGAGCUGAGGCUCAAAUUGAAGAGGAAAUGGAAGUGGAAUCUGAGACGCAACCCACAGCUAAAAGAGCUAAGACGGAGCCUGCCAGUAUUAGUGUAGAUAGGUAUAAACAGUUCCAGAAGUUUGUUAGAAAGGCCUUUGACGAAAUCGGGGUGACCGAUGAUAUGAUUGAUCUGGAGGAUGUGACAUCUAAAGUUCAAGAACAAGCCGGAAGAUUGAAGUUUUCUGAAGGCGAGCUCAAAGCAGCUUAUGAACAGAUGUCCGCGGACAAUGCCAUUAUGAUAGCUGAUGACAAAAUAACCUUGAUUUAA